AUGGCGUUCUUAUUAUUCACGUGGGUGGUGCUUCUUCUCUUAGCUUUCCCAUCAGCGCAGUCUCUUGUGGUGACGGAGGCAAAUUGUUCUAUCGCGGAUGAGGCACAGAAUGCAUCGGUGAGGUUGGAUUGGAACUUAUUUGAUGGCGACGUCACGUACACGAGAGUUUCUCACUCGAGUGAAGCUCUACUAGCAGCUACUUCCUCUUUAUCUGAUCGACUUUUGAUCCUCGGGGGUAUCGAGUACGAGUCCGCUCAACCUGUAGUCGACAGCCCUGUUCUAGUCUACCAUAUCGCCUCCAAUACGUUCCUAAAACCUCAGGACCAAAUCCUCUCGGCCGUGUCUGUAGCGUAUCAAUCUUCUACAAUUGAGACUGUGUUUACGUCCCCAGCAAGUCGAGCUGAACACGCCUCGUUCAUUAACCAAGACGGAGCUGUAUUCAUAUUUGGAGGACGCAGUCGAGAGUUUGUCAACGAUACGUGGCGGGUGUGUGUGGAUUCCAGCUCAACUAACGUGAUUUGGGACGAAUUGGUCACUGCUACUGACGCUACUACCGUCUUAGCGACUCCUGUACCUCGUAUCGGUCAUUCCUUCACCAAAGUAUUCGAGAACAGCACUAUGAUCGGUGCUCUAGUGUUUGGAGGUGUAUCAGAGGCCUACGUAGAGCUGAGUGGAUUGCAUCUAGCCUUUAUUUCCAAAACUUCUUCAGCAGCGUGUACAAACCGAGGACCAAAACUCGUCUGGAGAAUGCUUAAAGCUGGACCAUUAACGGAUAAUGGUCCAGUUCCAACAGCUCGAGCGUAUCAUGCCGCCAUGACAUCGUCGAAGAUCUUCACGUCUUCGAAGCUUAAUUGCUUGAUUGUCCACGGGGGUAAAAGUACCAUCGAAGGAGUGAUUUUCAAUGAACUAUGGAGGUUAUGCCCAUUGAUACCUGUGGUAUCUGUGCCAGUGGAGAGGAUGAACUAUACGUGGGAGCUUCUAACGGAGAUCGGGACGACACCCGGUGCUCGCUAUGGAGCGAGCAUUUCGUUCGUAGAUGAAGGGAAACUCGCUCUCGCUGGAGGUUCCUACACGUUUCCAAGCGAUUUUUUGAGCGACACGUGGGAACUCAACGUGAAUGCGACGCAGUGGAUCCGUCUCUCCUUCUCCGAAGACUACACUCCUCCACGUCGAGGCCACACGCUCUCGUUCUUCUCAACUGCUACACGGCUUUUUCUAUUCGGCGGUAGAGAUCGCUAUGCCGUCGUCAAGAAGAGGAUGCAAGCUGCGUAUUACGGCGCUCCGUUCUGUGCUUUGGGUCUCAAGAUCACGUUUUGUACUACAACGUCCAAGUACGUCUGCAUCGCGUGUCCUGCCGGUUCUUAUCUGGAAAGCGGGUCCCGUAAAUGUCUGCAGUGUCCGCAGGGAACUCUUUCGUCGGCUGGAUCGUCUGAGUGCACGAAAUGUCCAGCUGGGACGUUCAGUACUGAAGUAGGUAAAGACAGCAGUUCGCCUUGCACUUCAUGUCCGUCAGGGACUUUUUCUCAAGCUGUAGGUGCCGUAUCAAGCGCAGCGUGCAUUGCGUGUACAGCUGGCACAUACACGGUAUCCGCUGGAUCAGUUUCUUGCUCGAAUUGUGCGGCUGGAACAUUCUCGAUCGCCAAUGCGUCGACGUGUACGAUGUGUGCUAAAGGCAAAUACAGCGGCGUUGGGGCUGGGACGUGCAGUGACUGUGCUGCGGGUACGUAUGCUCCAAGUACAGGCUCGACUGCAUGUUUCUCGUGUCCAAGAGGAUAUUACAGCAACACUGGCGACGUCGCGUGUUCAGCUUGUUCAGUAAACACUUACAGCUCUGCAGUGGGUGCAUCAGCUUCAGAUUGUCAGGCGUGUCCGUCGUACGCGUUCACAACGUCCUGUGGUCAAAGUUGGUGUAAAAUCUGUCCACCAGGGUCAACGUGGACUGGAAAUGCGUGCCAGUUGUGUAGUAAAGGGUACUACGCAUCGACAGCUACCAAUGGAGCGUGUGUUGCGUGUCCAAAAGGGUCCUACUCUUCGGAUUUUGGCUCAAUUCAGUGUCAAAACUGCCCGACGGGAAUGUUCACGAGCAAUACGGGAGCGACGAACUCAAGCGACUGUCAACUAUGCGCCAGUGGAGCAUUCUUCAAUGGAAUGGUAUGUCAGACUUGCGGGGCUGGAACGUAUCCUGAGCCGAGUGGAUUCUGCUCGCCUUGUGUUCCGGGUAGCUAUAGCUCCGGCGGAGUGGCCAGUUCUGUAGAUACCUCACUUGGUUGCGCUUCCUGUCCGUCGAUGAGUUACAGUGGCGCUGCAGCCACCGGUUGCUCUGCAUGUGCUGACAAUUCUUACUCCAUGGAAGGAUGGAGGGCCUGCGUGUCCUGUACGUCAUCACCCGGUUGCGUUACUGGUCGCAACGGUCUCUUGUGUGCUGGGAACGGAGAUUGUGUGUACGGAGGCUGUUCCUGUUACUCUGGAUGGGUAAGUGGUGAUUGUAGCGUACCCGUCGAUAAUACUGUGUCAACACAAGCAGCAAUCUUGUACUUCCGCGAUGCGCCAUUUCAGCUGGUCAAUAUGUCGUCAUUAAGCGAUAUUCAAGUGAAAGUUGCUCGAUCUGGGACCCUCACCUCACAGUUGCAGGCAGUUAUCACCUGCAGCUCGAGUAAUUUCUCUGUCGGACCGUCGUCGCUGCCCAUAACGCUUGACUUCGCUUCGGGCGAAUCCUUUAAGACCGUCAAAAUCUCGACUGCGCAGCUCUCACCGAGAAACGGAUGUCGAUUUUUCACUUUGGCAUUGAGAGACGUCACCGGAGCAACUACAAGCGCUGUAUCGACCGAUGCGGACAGUGUCUUGACCGUGUAUGUUGACGAUAUGAACGGUGCAUCAGGUGGAGUGACCGGAAGAGCUGUAACUUCGACGUAUUCACGACAGAUCAAUGGUACUGCGAUAGCUGCAGUGACGUUGGAUCGUCUGGUGACGACACAGGUGACGAUUUCUCCUCAGACCGCAGUAUCACUACGAGAUCUUCCCUUGAAUUUGCUGGUUGCUAUCGAUUUCUCCGCUUCUUUUGUCUCUGCCUUCAUCGAUUUGCUGCCUGCGAUCGUCGCUCAGCUUCAAAUUGUCUACCGAGCAGCACCCGAUGGCGUUCGAUUGGGUCUGGUGAAUGGCAUCAAGCCAGCCGCAACAUUUUACACUGAUCUCGUGGACUUCUUUAAUGCUGUUCAAGCGCUCGCUGUAAGUGCAGGGAAUACUUUCGUUGAUUGGGACUGGAUAGCAGCAGGUUUAGUGGCUGGGUCGUCGUCGUGGCCAUCAGCAGAUCGUCGACAUUUCCUCAUCGUUGCAGGCGACACUCUUGUUGCUGGAUCUGCCACUUUUCCGUCAGUAUUGCUGAACUUGUUGCGCUCUCAAAGCGUCUUCGCAUUUACUCUUUCUCCAACGCAAGUAACUUUUUCCACUGGAAGCGACGAGAUGAAAAGCGUGGCGUAUGGUACGGCACCAGCGAUUCCUACAGCACUACGCCAAGCUUUUGAGCAAAAGGAUAAUGCUCUUCCCUCGAGUCUGAACAUCCUCAACGAUCCAGCUAAACUUGCAUCUGCUGCGCAAGUAGUAGGAUUCUCCAGUGGCACAAACUCCCUCCCAGUCCUUCGCAUCACUCUGGAACCUUUUUCAACGCCAUCACAGGUUCAGACUGUCACGAUUGGUGUACCUGGCGGGGUCUUGCUUUCCAUCACAUUGAACGAACCUGGCCACGCUUGCUUUCCGCCAAUACAGACGACCCCUGUCGACUCGGUUCCGUUGAGUGGUUGGGCGGAUGCGUGGCAUCUCUCCAGCUUGAACGACAUCAAGCGUCUCUGGAAGACUGCGGGGCAACUGGCGAUACAUCAAGACACGUCGCUCCUGCGUAAAUCAACCAGCACAGUUUUGUCAGUCUACGACCCAACAUCAACGCAGAUCAACUUGGUGAGGACGUACCCGGGCUCCUUCUUUGCUGCUGGGUUGACCUUAAUCUCUCGUGGAUAUUGGAGAUCUUCCGACAGCAAGACGGCCUGCGAUAUCCAGCUCACUAUGAUCGGCACCAACAUGAGUCUGCAGUCUUCCAGCAGAGUUCCGUACGCCUCUCAUGUCGCCCCAGAUGAAUGGAACUAUGGAUACUUGCGGUCCAGUAUCUCUUGGGAACUGAGCAGCCUAAUCGUCGCUCUGAAAUGCAAUACGUCAUCUCCUGGAGUGGCAGUCGAAUGGGCGGCACUUGGGUUGCUUCCUGAUCCAGACUUUGCUUGUAUGUGUCCUCGUGGCUUCUAUCACGGCUCACUUUCUGACUCGAACGAUGAAGACGGAUCCUGUAUACGCUGCGCUGCGGGUUCAUUCUGCACUGCGGGGAUCAAGCGGCAGUGUCCGGACGGCACAUUUUCUUUCGGUAAAGCAGCAUCAUGCGAGACGUGUCGGGAUGGCUGGAUUUGCACCGACGGACUGGCACGACUCUGCGAUCCAGGAACGUACUCGACGCCUUCAUUCACCUGUGGAAUCUGCCCGAGAGGAUACGCGUGUCGGAAUGGGAAGAAGUCAGUGUGCCCAGUCGGCACGUUCUCGCUCAAACAGGCUAGCGAGUGUCAGAGCUGUCCUCCAGGCACUAUAUCUCGCUCGGAAGGGUACGUAUCAACGCAUAAUCAGUCAGUAGAAUGA